AUGAGCAGCAACGGCACCGAGAACAACAACGGCCAUGUGGGUGGAGCCUAUGUUCCCCCACACCGACGAGCCCAACAAGCAGGGAAGAUGCCACAUCAGACCUCGAAGCCACACAGUCAUUCUCCUCAUCAACAGCAGCCCCAUCCACAUCGACCAGGCGGCAGGCAACAAGGUGGCGGCAAUCGGCAAGGACGAUCGCCUGCUUCCUCUCCCGGUAGAAAAAAGAAUAACAAUCACCACAAUCAUCAUGGUAACAGUAACAACCGCAACAAUAACAAAAACUACAAGAGUAAAUCAAGGAGCCCCACGAACAACAACAAUAAUAACCAUAAUCGACACCACAGUCCCACACGCAAAGAAGACUUGGCGCUUCAAAAACAGCAAAUGCACACGCUCCAAGACGCACUCAAUCGAAUCUGUUGCAUCAAUUUGGAUCGACGUCCGGAUCGUUGGCAGUCCUUUGAAGUGCACUUGCAUCAAUCUCUUGGCAAGAAAAUGGGACACUCACUCUGGCACAAGGUGGAACGUGUUUCGGCUGUCGAUGGCAUUCCAGACGACAUGCCUGUUUCAGAACUUGUGGAAUCGACAUGGGAUGCCUCGGAAAAUGCCAAAUGGGAUCGACACAUUGAACCACCCAUGACCAAGGAAAUGUCCGUGGGAGAAGUGGGGUGUGCCCUCAGUCAUAUCAAGUUGUGGAAGGAAUUGGCCGUCACAGAACCCAAACAACGGGAGGAUGGUGACGACACUAAGCAGGAACUUCGUCAAGCCACAAUGCUCAUUUUGGAAGAUGAUUCGCUCUUUUAUUCACCCAAACUUGCCAUGAACAAGGCUGCUUUGGGAGGACGCGUGCAGCCGCAACAACAACAUGACAAUCAUCAUCCUCACCAUUUGUCCAUUGCCAGUCAUGAUUUCUUGACGGCCUUUCAAUUGGCAUGGUCUCAAUUGCCAGAAGAUUGGGACAUUUGGUACCUGGGAUUCUCGGACCGUGGGGAUCGAAUUCCAGUGGAUGAUUUUCAUUUGCCCAAGCCCCAUCAUCAUCACCACGAUCAUGAACAUCACCUCCAUCAUUAUCCUUCCAUGUCCAUUCAAAUGUUCCGUCCUACGUAUGGGUUCCACACUCAUGGCUAUGUCCUUUCUGCCAAGGCUGCUCAGACAUUGUUGGAUAACCUCCCUGUCAAGGGACCACUCGAUGUGUGGUUGGCAGACAAUCAGUGGUUUGGACUCAAGGUGUACUGCUCUGUUGUCAAAGGUGAAGGGUGGAAGGGUACCGGUGCCUGGUUGAUCACCCAAAACAGAAAACUACAGCAGCAGAACCAAAAGGAUUCGGAUAUCGGCAUGUCUGGUCGCAAGAAGAACAACAACGCCUAA